AUGCUCUUGCGACAGAGCCGCCAGCAAAGAGUGCUGUUCCAGCGCUCCAUGGCUACAGAAACCACUCCCACAUCCACAGACGCAGUUGCCGACUCGAUACCACCCGUUGGCAUGCCAAUUAGAAAACCACAGAAAUUCCACAUCAUCCCCUCCAACAACCCCGAGAAGCCCGUCCGGACAGGCUUCGCCGUCUAUGCUCCGCCGACCUCAAUUCGGGAAGCUCACCCCAGCGCCCUCUUGUCGUUCCAUGCACAGCAAAUACGGCGUCUUGACCGGACAGGUGCCCGCACCGCGCUGUUCAGCAAAAAGAACCCAGACUCGGCCAAGGUUGGCGACGUGCUGCAAGUAUCGACGACAAAAGGAGAGCCUUUUGCUGGUGUGUGCUUGUCAAUUCGCCGCUCUGGUGUUGACACGGCUAUCCUACUCCGCAACACGCUCUUCAAGACCGGAACCGAGAUGUGGUAUAAGAUCUACUCGCCUACCAUACAGGGUAUCGAGAUUGUCUGGAGGCGACCCAAGAGAGCCCGCCGCGCCAAGCUGACCUACAUGCGCCAGCCCAAGCACGACAUGGGUAACAUUGAGCACCUUGUCACUGCCUGGAAGAAGUCGAGGAACGUUUUUAGCAGUAGGAGCGGCCAGAAGGGUGGGCAGAAGAAGGGCCAGGGACGCGUCAAGAGGUAG